AUCACGUGACAGCUACAGUGAAAUAGUCAGCUGAAAGCCGCUCUGCAUUGCAGCUGCGUUUCUUCAAAGACGAAAACAAAGUCGUUGCUGCGAUCGUCAAGGAUUCAGCUAUGCUUCUGUUCAUUUUGUUACUUGUUUCAACAGCUACAGCUUCUCCUUUGCUUGGGAAAGAGCAGUGUACGAAGGGCUCCACUUACUGGUGUCAGAAUGUAAAGACUGCUUCCCAGUGUGGUGCAGUAAGCCACUGUCAGGAGAAUGUCUGGAACCAACCUACUGCGAAAAAUGUACCUUGUGACCUUUGCAAAGAAGUUCUGACAGUUAUUGGCAAUCUGCUUAAGAACAAUUCUACUGAGCCAGAAAUAAUGGACUACCUUGAAAAAGCUUGUCAGCUUAUUCCAGAUAAGACUUUGUCAUCGGAGUGUAAGGAGAUGGUGGACGAUUACUUUCCAGUUGUUUUUGGCAUCAUCACUGGUGAACUGGACGAUCCAAAUGUAGCAUGUGGUGCCCUUGGUCUGUGCCAUUCUAUGCAGAAAGAGAUGGCUGAAGUACAAAAGAUCCUUUCCAAUGAGAUCCCAGAUGCUGACCUUUCUGAAAUUGUGUCCCCAUUCAUUGCAAAUGUUCCCCUUCUUCUCUACCCACAAGAACAACCUAAGGCGAUUCCUGAAAAGGGUAAUGGAGAUAUAUGCCAGGACUGUGUUGUGUUUAUCACUGAUGCACAGGCUGCUGCCAAGGCCAACUCAACUUUUAUAAAAGAUUAUAUUAACCGGCUUGAAAAAGAAUGUGAACUGCUUGGACCUGGGCUCAGUGAUAUGUGUAAGGAAUAUGUUUCUCAGUAUGGGCCACUGAUUUUUCAGCAGCUGAUGUCCAUGACUCCUGAACAAAUCUGUACCCAAGCUGGGUUUUGCUCUGCUGAAAAUGGUGUUCCCAUGGAAACCCUUGUUGCUGCGAAGAUGAUUCCAGCUCUUGAAAUUGUGAAACCCACAAAAAUUGAAAAACCUGCUCCGAAGCUGGUAAGAGUGCGGGAUUCUCCACAGUGUGUCAUGUGCGAGUUUGUCAUGAAGGAGAUUGAAAGCCUUAUUCAGAAGGAAGCUUCUGAGGAGUCUCUAAUCCAGGCUGUGGAGAAGGUGUGCUCUAUCUUGCCUUCCACGUUGACUGCUCAAUGUCAAGAUUUCAUUGAGGCCUAUGGAAAAGCAAUCAUUGAAAUACUUCUGCAGGAAGUUGAUCCCAAAUCUGUGUGCACUAUUUUAGGAUUGUGUAAACAAGCCAAACGCCUCUACAUCCCGGUGAUGAACCAAGAAAGUUUCAAAGCUGGUGAUUAUUGUCAAGUGUGCAAGAUGGCAAUUUCCUAUGUUGAUAAGCUCCUGGAACAGAAUUCUACUGAGGCUGAAAUAGAGGCAGCUGUGGAGAAGAUGUGCAACUUCCUUCCUGAUGCAGCGAGGCAGCAGUGUGACCAGAUGGUGGAAGAGUAUGAACCAAUGAUUGUUCAGCUUCUCCUACAAAUGAUGGAUCCUGACUUUGUGUGCACAAAACUUGGGGCUUGUAUUUCUGCAAAGAAGUAUCCAAUUCUGGGAGUAGAGGAGUGCACCUGGGGACCUGCUUUCUGGUGCAAAAAUAUGGAUACUGCGUCCCGUUGCAAUGCUGUUGAACAUUGCAAGCGCCAUGUGUGGAACUAAUCACGUCAUGCAUUAGACAGAAUUGUAGAUCUGCUUUGUAAUUUUUUUUUUUUUUUUUUUUUUUUUUUAAAGAAAUCAGAUUUGUUUUAGUCUGUUGUGGCAGUGGCUUAGGAUGGAAAAUCUGGAAAUGGUGAAGUGGCAUUUUUGUCUCAUUUUUCCCCCUGCUGUUGUUUUGGAGGAAUCCUGUUAAUUUAAAUGACUUUCAGUAGAGAGCAGUGGGUACAAGGAUUUUUUUUUUUUUUUUGUUUGUUUUUUGUUUAAAUAAAUCCUUUAUGAUAGCUAAAACAUUUCUGAGCUAUCAAAUGUUUCGGCUAACCAAUAACAUGUGCAACUUGCAUUUAUUUGCUGCCUGUAUGCGUCUGUAGGGAAUGAAAGGAAAGCUCUACAAAGAACUCCAACUCCGCGCCUGUACAUUUUUUUUCUCAUUUUGAAAUUUCUCUUGAAUACUGACGUGUAGUAUAAACUGGACUCAUCCACUCUUAUCCUCUACUAGGACUAGUGCCACUUUACUGUAGGAUAUUAAAUUUCUAUAUUUAAAUUCUUUUACAGCAGCAGGGAAAAUGUAUUUAAAUUUUUAUAAUUCUGUUUCAUUUUGAGUAGAUUACCUUGUGAAGAUGUAACUUACUUUUUUUUUUGUGUGUGGUGAAGAGGGGUAUGAGGAUAAACACUUAAAGUAUUGCUGGUUAUGAGUUUUUGUAAAACACACACAAAAAAAAUUUUGGUGUUUUUUGUUUCCUCUCUUUAUCCUCUUUAAAUGAAUAGCCAGUCUUUAAUUUUAGUUGAACUAUAAAGCUGGCUGUUGCUCUUGCAUCAUAGGAUCACGCAGGGUGGUUGCCUCAUCAUGUAAUGAAGUGCAAAAGCAAAUCUUUUUUGGCAAAAUGUUAAUUAGCUUUUUAUCAGGUUGGAUGUUUUAAUAAUUUAGCUAACAGAUUAUUUGCAUAUUUUUGUGUACAAAAUGACCUGCUAUUCUAGUUCAUGCUGGCAGUUUUUAACAAUCUGGAAUUCCUAGCAAAGGGAAUUAUUUCAUUCUCUUUAAAGUUGCUUUUGAUUAACUGUUGACAAAUCUUGAAACUGAAACUUAAAUAAAACUUCAGUAUAAUAAC